CCCAGCUCUUGCUGAACCAAUAUAUAAGCAUUCCAAACCCCUGUCUUCAAUUAUAUCUCUUCCUUCAUUGAAGCCAAUCCAUCUGAAACAUACCCACCUGGGGUAGGCUAGAGCAUUUACAACAUGAGUUUAAAGGCACCAAAUGUGCAAGACAUGGUGAGGAGUGACCCUUUUCACAUCCCUGAUUCAUUCCUUGCAAUCAGGAAUGAAGAAGACGAGCCAAAGAGUGCAGAUGCGUCUCGUGAUCUCUGUUCUGAGAUUCCUAUCAUUGAUUUUACUCUGCUUUCGAAAGGGCAGAAGGAGGAGCUUAACAAACUGGACCUGGCUUGCAAAGAAUGGGGAUUCUUUCAGGUGGUAAACCAUGGAGUAGAAACACAGGUGUUGCAGGGAAUGAAGGAUGCUGCUGCGAAAUUCUUUGACCUUCCAUUAGAAGAGAAGAACAAAAUUAGUAUGUCACUGGAUGAGUUUCAAGGCUACGGGCAAGCCUAUGCUGCUGCCGAAGGGCAGACCCUUGACUGGUCUGACACACUGUUUCUCAGUGUUUAUCCAUCUCAUAGUAGAAACCUUAAGUUUUGGCCAACAUCACCAAAAGGAUUCAAGGAAGCAAUUGAGGCAUAUUCUACUGAAGUUAAAAGGAUUGGAGAGGAGCUCUUAGGGUCUAUCUCUCAAAUUAUGGGGAUGGAGAAGGAUGCUCUUCUUGGAUUUCAUCAAGAGUUGGUCCAAGUUUUUCGUGUGACCUACUAUCCUCCAUGCUCCAUGCCAGAUAAAGUACUAGGCUUAAGUCCACACUCCGACACAAGCACCAUAACCAUACUCAUGCAGGAAGACGAUGUUACCGGAUUACAUAUUCGAAAAGAAGGAAAAUGGGUGCCGGUAGAGCCAAUUCCAAAUGCUUUCGUUGUCAAUGUCGGAGAUAUGAUUGAGAUAUGGAGUAAUGGAAAGUACAAGAGCAUUGAACAUAGAGCUGUGACGAGCAAAAGCAAGGCAAGAUUAUCUUAUGCAACAUUUAUAAUUCCACGUAACGAUGUUGAAGUUGGACCAUUUAAUCAUUUAGUGGAUCAGCCAUCUCGAAAGUACAAGAAAGUCAUAUACGGAGAAUAUUUGAGGAGUUCCCUUAAGGGAAAACUUGAGGGGAAGUCGCACACUGAAACGGCAAAGAUCGGAAGUUAAGUUGCAGAUGUUU